AUGAACGAAUCGUUGGACAUCGAAAACGCAAAGGCGAAGUUGAAGUUGGUGUUCUCAUUCUGGACAAAUUCGAAAAACAAAAGAUUCUCGCAGAGCAAUGCGUUCUGUGUGCUAUCAGGAAAGUCCAGCAAAGAAGAAAAUGCAACGACACAAGAACAGUUCCAGAUGUGGCUCAUGGGGUAUCAACUUACAGAGACUUUUUUUCUCUUCCUCAAGAAAGAAAAGUUAAUUAUCCUAACUAGUGAUAAAAAAAAAAAGUUCUUACAACCACUUCUAGACAACAUGGAUAAUGUACAAGUGAUGGAAAGAAGCAAUGAUAAUACGGAUAAUUUUAUUCAAAUAAAAAAAAUGAUAGAUAAUGUAGGAACGGAAGAAAUAGCCAUUUUGAAAGACAAAGAUGCUAUGGGAAAUUUUUUUGAAAAUUGUUACAGUUUUAUAAAAGGUUUAGACAUACCACAGGUAGAUGUAAAUACGGAGUUGAAAUUAUUGUUGAACUUCCGAUCCGAAUCUGAUAUAAAGAUACAAAAAAGUGGGAGCGAUAUUGCUUGUAUCAUUUUAAAAAAUAUUUUAAUAACAACAAUUGAGAAUGCAUUAGAUAGUGAGGAAUUCCAGAGUCAUGACAAAAUAAAAGACAAGGCGUUAAAAUUUCACGAAAAUAAAAAAUGCGUUUUGAAAUUGAAGGAAAAACUUAAGGUAGAUAUAGACGACAUAGAUGUGAUUUACAGCAAUGUGCAGAGUGGAAAUCAGUUCACAUUAAAUUACAAAAAUAGCAGUAAUAAAAGUUACCUCUCCCAAAAUGAGGGCACAAUACUGGUCGGGGUGGGAGUCAAAUAUAAAGAGCUCUGUUCAAAUGUGAAUAGGACCCUUCUACUAAAUGCGAAGACGCAACAUAAAGAGUUAUACAGCUUCACCCUAGCUAUCGAAAAGUAUGUUAUUAAGGAAUGCCUCCAAAUCCACAGUACAUAUGGAGAAGUAUACAAAAAGGCGAUUACCUUCAUCAAGAAAAAUAAAAAGGAUUACUCGACCCUGAGUCAGAUCCAUGUGGAAGAUUAUUUUGUGAAAUGUCUCGGACAUGUAAUUGGAAUCGAAUUUAUGGAAAAGGAUUUUCUGAUCACGGAAAAUAAUAACAGUGGAAUUAUUCAGAAAAAUACUUCGUACAAUUUAUCUGUCGGAUUUGAAAACGUUCCCGGGAAUGAUAAAAAUAAUUUUGCAAUCUGGAUCAGCGACACGGUGUGCAUUAAUGAUGAAGGAGAGGUUAACGUUCUGACGGACUCCAUUAGUAAAGAAAUCAAUACCAUUUCGUACGAGCUGGAGGAUAGCAAAAGUGAUGAUGAACAUGAAAAUAACGUGAAAAGUGAAAAGAAGGAACAAAAUGGAGAUUUGAACAAAAAAAAAACAGGCAUUUCUGCUAGUAUUCUAAACAAUGCAGCUAGUGUUAUCGUUUCGGAUAGACUUAGGAGGAGAAAUAAAAAUUCACUAGCUCAUAAUAAUGAACAAGAAAUGGAGGAACUCAAUAAAAGACAAAGUGAGCUGAAGGAAAAAAAAAUCAAUGAAAUUAAAUUUAGAUUCUCCAAAGGAACCAGUGACUACAAAGACCCGAAUAAAAAAAAUGUUAAAAAGUUGGAGGAUCUAAAAGCAUAUAACGAUGCCGAUCUCCUUCCAAGAGACUUAAGACCAAACAUAAUAUGUCUAGAUAAUAAACACGAGUGUAUUUUACUUCCCAUAAAUGGGGUACAUAUCCCGUUCCAUGUAUCCACCAUCAAAAAUCUGAGCUCCAAUUAUGAGGACAACAAUGAUAUCUUCGUUCUCCGUAUCAAUUUUCAAGUGCCAGGAAAUCAAGGUGUCCUAAAAGCAGAUUUCAAUACCUUCCCUACUUUACAAGAAAAAGAAAUGUACAUCAAAGAAUUGAUAUUUAAAUCGAAUGACGAGAGACAUUUCCAAAAUAUUGUCAAGCAGGUGAAGGACCUCAUUAAACACGUUAAGCAGAAGGAGGUAGAAGCAGAUGUUAAUGAUCCACAACAUGCUCAAGAAAAAUUAAUUUUAAACAAAAGUGGAAGAAGAAUCAUCCUUAGAGACCUUAUGACUAGACCAAAUAUAUUUACAGGAAGGAAGAUAUUAGGUACCUUGGAGUUACACACCAAUGGGGUUAGAUACUCAGCCAAUUCUAGAGGAACCACGGAACAUAUCGAUAUCCUUUUUGACGACAUAAAGUAUGCCUUUUAUCAACCUUCUGAUGGACAGCUCAUCAUUUUGAUCCAUUUCCAUUUGAAGAGGUACAUCAUGGUGGGAAAGAAAAAGACACUAGAUGUGCAGUUCUACUGCGAAGCGGGAACACAGAUUGAUGACCUCGAUAGAGCCAAGGCAAGGAAUGUAUACGACCCAGACGAAAUGCAUGACGAAAUGAAAGAAAGAGAACAAAAAAAUCGAUUAAAUUUGAUUUUUAAAAAUUUUGUACAACAAAUGCAAGAUAUAUCCAAAAUAGAAUUCGAAAUCCCCUACCCUGAACUGACUUUCUCAGGAGUCCCAAACAAAAGCAACGUAGAAAUUUUUGUGACUGCAAAUACCAUUAACCACCUUGUGGAAUGGCCACCUUUCAUCCUCUCCGUUGAAGAUAUCGAAAUUGCUUCUCUCGAAAGAAUCCAUCACGGACUCCGAAACUUCGAUAUGAUAUUUGUAUUUAAGGACUACACCAAGCCAGUGAAACGCAUAGAUGUCAUCCCUACUGAGUACAUCGAUACCAUUAAGAAGUGGCUUACUACCAUCGACAUUGUUUACUACGAGGGGAAGAAUAACCUCCAAUGGGGAAAUAUUUUGAAAACCAUUUUGGCUGACAUCGACUCGUUUGUUAACUCCAAGGGUUUUGACGGGUUCCUCGGUGACGACGAGGAGGAGGAGGAGCAGUCCGCGGAGGACGAGGACGAGGAUGACGAGUAUGAGGUGGACGAGUCAGAGCUGAGCGCCGAGGACGACAGCGACUACGACGACAGCGGAGACGAGAGCCUCGCCACGGAGAGCGACGGCGAGGGGGAAGUCGAGGAAGACUCCGAGGAUGAGGGGCUCUCUUGGGACGAGCUCGAGGAGCGGGCCAAAAAGGACGACAAAAAACGAUUCGCCUACAAAAGCGACGACGAAGAAGGAUACAACAAAAGGAAGAAGAAGAAAAAGAAUUAA